CCCCACCCACUCCGUGCAGCCAAGAAAGAGGUCUGUCUGACACUCCCUCUAACUCAUCGACCCGCCCGCUCGCUCACUUCUUUCGUUGCGUGAUGACAUCAAGCCGUCUCCGAGGCCGGCAGGGACAGCAAAGGCGACGUACGUGACGGCCAGCACAAGAGGAAUCCUCGUCCGUGGUUCUCGUGGGGCCCGGUCGCCGCGUGCGGGAUGGCGCUUCUGGUCCACACGCUGGCCUGCGCCUUUGGCCUGGGCUCCUGGGUAGCCGUGAACGGCCUGUGGGUGGAGCUGCCGCUCAUCGUCAACAGCCUCCCCGAAGGAUGGGAGCUUCCCUCCUACCUGACCGUCCUCAUCCAGAUGGCCAACCUGGGACCUUUGCUCAUCGCUCUCAUGCACAAAGCCAGGCCGGGCCGCUUGAGCGAGCGGGCCGUCAUCUACGCCAUCCUCUCCGUUGGCGUCUUGUCCUGCGGACUGCUGGCCUUCUUCUGGGACCGAACGAGCAUUGUGGCCGGUGCGUCGCACAGCACCGCGUUCUUCAUCAUCGCUUUCUUCCUAUCGCUGGUGGAUUGCACCUCCUCUGUCACCUUCCUGCCUUUCAUGAUGCGGCUUCCCGCCGAGUACAUCACCACAUACUUUAUCGGGGAGGGCCUGAGCGGCUUCGUUCCUGGCGUCGUCGCUCUGGCUCAAGGCGCGGGCAUGGCCGAGUGCGUUAACUCUACUCAGGCGACGACGGGAAACCACACAGGUGGAAACCAUUCGUUCCUCCAGACCGAGUAUCUCCCACCCAACUUUUCCACACAGGUGUUCUUCUUCUUCUUAACGGCCAUGAUGUGCAUAAGUCUGGCUGCUUUCAUCGCCCUCAACAGGAUUCGUCCGCCGCCCGACGAAAACCUGAUGGCGGGUUCGACCGCGUCGGUCUGCUCCGGCCUGGACAAUCCUGCAGCGGAUACUGACGGAAAGGAUGCAAAAUGGGAAAAUGAGGAGGGGAGCCACGCGAGGCCUCCGCCCGCCGAGCUCGAUCACUCCGUAUACCAACUCGCCUUCAUCUACUUCCUGGUGGUGUGGGUCAACGGCGCCACCAACGGCGUGCUGCCCUCUGUGCAGACGUACUCCUGCAUGCCCUACGGCAACCUGGCCUAUCACCUCUCGGCCGCGCUGGCUUCAGUGGCCAACCCGGGAGCUUGCACCGUCGCAAUGUUUUUCCAGAACAGGUCUCUCGUGUUUCUCGGCGCGCUGGCGCUGUUGGGUACGGGCUUCGGCAGCUAUAACAUGGCCGCGGCCGCUAUGAGCCCCUGCCCUUUGCUUCAGGGCUCCGCGGCCGGAGAAGUCAUCAUCACAUUUCAGCCUGUCAGAAAUACUGCUGCAAAACCGCCGAGGAGGAUGAAAAGAUGCUGGUCAUCCGCGCUUCCCAGAGAAGGUUUCCCCAUCGGCAGCUGCACCUCCUGCCCGCCCUUCAUAAAGGGCGGGCAGGAGGAGGAGGAGGAGGAGGAGGGCUCUAAUUACUACACCUCAGCGGGGGCCGUCGCGGCUGUUGCUUCUGCCGCCGGUCACUUGGGAGAUUCCCUGACCCCGACACUGAGUAAAAACAAAAAGAUAAGGAAGGCAAAUUGGGCCCCAAUUGGCCCCGUGCAGCCUCCGGGGCUCACGGUCAUUGGAGGACAAGCACAGAUGGGACUUUCUCACUCGGACAUAUUGAGUCUUCGCUGCACUUUUUCCAAGGACGCUCAUAAAUCACUGCACUGAACUAAAACAAAACAUGGCCACAGAAUCCUCUACA